ACAGUUGCAGUGUUUCCAUACUCGUUCAGUAAGUUCAGACAUACGAUGGGAAAGGUGUUGAUUCUGUUUGUCGGUGCGCUCGUAGUGGCCAGUGUCGCAGCAGGACGAUUUGAGCGAUCGGUAUUUGCGCCGAGGAUAAAGCGCGAUGCCACGAUGCGCUGUUGUAACGAUGGAUUCGAAAAGAGUGAAGUACAUGCCAAGUUCGCUGAAGUCCGGACUGCCUGCAUGGAGGAGCUUGGUCUGGGUGAAACCACUCAUGAAGAACUGAUCAAAAACCGAGAACAUCUGAACUGCAUCACCGAGUGUAUCGCCAAGAAGGAGGGUAUUGCGGACGAGAACGGCGCACUGCUGCACACCGACCUCGCCAAGGUAGUGCUGGAGCACAUGAGCACCAUCGAGUGGAAGGUACCGCUCGCGGAAGGCUUCAUCCAGCAGUGCUUCGAUGAGGUUGAGCUAACGGACGGUGCCUUCGUACCGAGCGACGAGGCAAAGUGCAACCCGGAAGGGUUCGACUUUGUGUUCUGCCUGUGGCGUCAGUUUACCCUAGCCUGUCCGGAGGAGUUCCGGGACGAUUCGGAGAAGUGCGUCGAGCUGCGGGACAAGCUCACGAACAAGGAGGACGUGAGUGACUUGCACGAUGAUAUAGAGGCGGCUGAGUAGGGCGGCUAGCUGGGUGCGCGCGCCUAGAUGUAUGCAACCGGAAUGACACCGACCUAAUGCUGCUGCUGGAGAAAAGAUUUAAACUUACGGUUAGGUAUCCGUUGCGAACGAAAUAAUACAAUGAAUAAAUAAUACACGAUCAUGCCCCCAAUUUGAAA